AUGGACACACAGAAUAUUUGCCAAGAAGUUUUGACUGAGCUAAAUAUUGCGAGAACUCGGCCUCAUGCUUAUGCAGACAAAAUAUCAUCUCUUUUGCCUCGUUUCAGAGGUAAAGAAUUGCAUAUGCCUGGACAGCCCGUCUUGCUUACUAAAGAAGGUCCAUCUGCAGUGCAAGAAUGUAUAAACGCAUUACGGAGCGCAGAGCCUUUAGAAAUGCUAACAUGGUCAAAUGGACUAGCCAGAGCAGCUCAAGACCAUUGUAAUGAUCAAGGCCUAAAAGGCAAGAUGGGUCAUAACGGAUCUGAUGGAUCAUCUCCUGCAGAUCGUGCCAAAAGAUAUGGCUCUGGAAACUAUAUAGGCGGAGAAAACAUAGACUAUGGCAGCAAUGUGGCCACAGAAAUUGUUUCUAGUUUACUUAUUGAUGAUGGGGUCAGCAAUAGAGGACAUCGAGAAAAUAUUUUAAAUUCACGUUACAAUUUUGCAGGAGUAGGACUCGGGCCCCAUAAAGUUUAUCGGUUUAUGUGUACAAUUGAUUUUGCAGGGACUUAUACAGAAUCAGAAAAUGGACAAAAUAAUAGUAUUCAAAGUGGAAAUAAUUUAAGAAAUAGUCCUCAACAGAAUAGAAAUAAUUCGCCUAAAUCUCAGGAUGCUAAGAUUCAACAACCGAAAGCGCAGUUGCCUAGGGCUGGGAAAGUACAAGUCAGCCCUACAAAUGCGAGGGUGAAACAAACAAGUCCAGGCCCUCAGCCAGCUUCAAAGCAGCCAAUCAAUUCAAAUAUAAACCGCCCAUCUCAUAUAGCUCCACCAAAACCUCAGCCAAAGCCUACAGUUUCUUCAAAUCCAAAGCCUGCAAUUCCUACUAAAACUCCUCCACAGAAGCCUACACUUUCACCAGAAUCUUUAUCAUCUCUCCAGCACGCUGUUCUUGAAGAAUUAAACCAGGUCCGUACAAAUCCUAGAGGUUAUGCAAGCCAUGUCACUGAAAUUUUGAAAUAUUACCAUGGAAAUAUGUUCCAAAAACCAGGCGAAAUCACAAUAGUAACCCAAGAAGGUCCAGCAGCAGUCCGAGAAUGUGUCCAAGUACUAGGAUCCACUUCCCCAAUAUGCCCUUUUCAGUUCUCAGAAGGACUAUCAAAGGCUGCUCAGGACCAUUGCAAUGAUACAGGCCCAAAAGGCAAAACUGGCCAUAGUGGAACAGAUGGCUCCUCUAUGGGAAGUAGAAUAGAGAGAUAUGGAAAUUGGAAUACGUGUAUAGGAGAAAAUAUAGACUAUGGAAAUAGCACGGCAAGAGAAAUAAUUUUAGCAUUACUUAUAGAUGAUGGAGUUAGCUCAAGAGGACACAGAACAAAUAUAUUAAAUCCUAACUAUAGAAUAGUAGGGAUUGGGUAUGGUCCUCAUGCACAUUAUCACCAUAUGUGUACAAUUGAUUUUGCAGGAGGAUUUACUGAUUCUUCAAAUCAUAAUAGUCAUGAAGAGCCAUAUCCGAGAAAUCCUUUAGAACCUAAAGAAGAAAAUAAAUGAUCAUCAGAGCCUCCAGAAGAGGACAAAAAUACGUAUUCUACAAAUCCAUCUGAUUUAUAUCAGGAUGAAUCUACUAACUCCCCUCUGUGAGCGAAAAAAUAAAUUUAUUGGUUAAUUUUUUAUUAUUUAUAUAGCAAAAUUGUAUUUUGCGAAAUUUAAAUAAAUUCAUUAUAGCAAAAUUUGAGAAGUAAAAUUCAAUUAAUUUUGCAAAAUUUGUGAUUUAAAAUGCAAGAUGCUCUAAAUUUAGCAGAAUUAGCCAGAGAUACUUUAUAAUAAUUAUUACUUAUAUAUCCAAAUUUAUAUUAAAAUAAUUUUUGUUUCCGAAAAAAUAUAGAUAUUUCCAAUGGUUUGUUUGCUUACUGCGGGGGGAGUAAAGAAUACUAUUCAAGAUGUCCUUCGUUCCCUGAUGAAAAUUUGGUUGAAAUUUCUGACCCUCAAAAACCAGGAUGCAAACUUCUCAGCAACAAUCCAACUGCUUAUUAUAUAAAUAAAAACAAUAUGAAAUCUAUGAUGGAAGAUAUGAUGAGUGAAGGAAUGCCUGAAGGAGCCGUUUCGAUGAAAACAACGAGAGAAAUGAGUACAAGAAAUGGGAAGGUUACAGUGAAAACUGUAAAAUUGUUUACUUUUCAAGAUGGAAGCACUAACUUUCUCCCAUGAGCGAAUAAAACCAAGGAAAAAUCCUUAUUUUUUGGCGAAGCAUUACCCUCAGUGAAUAAAAAUUUUUUAUAAAAAAUAUUUUUAUAUAUAAAAUGAUAAUUAAUAUAACGAAAUCUCAAGCUAAUUCUAUUAAAAAUUUAAACAGCAUGCAUUUCAAAACAAAAAUUUUUACAAAUUAAUUAAGUUUUUACAUUCCAAUUUUUGUGAAUUCGGCUGUUUUUAAAUUUCAAAAAAAAAAUCUGAUAAACCCCCUCCACACGAACAUAAAAGUUUUGUUCACUUAAGGAGGGGCAGAGUAAGCGUGUAGAAACAAUUACAGAAUCAAGCCAAAUGUAA